CAUCUCAUAUCGCUCCCCCAAAACAGGAACUUCAUCGAACGUCCAGAAGCGUUUGAAAUCAAGAGGUUUCUGUUCGAUGCAAUGAUCCAAGAAGUGGCGUUGGUGGGACUGGGUGGGGUGGGCAAAACGCAAAUAUCCCUGCACAUCGCCUACUGGGCAAAGGAGAAUUUGCCAGACUACUCAGUGUUCUGGGUCCCGGCCUACAGCCAAGCAAGCUUCGAGCAAUCAUAUGCAACAAUCGCCAAAGAAUUCAACAUUCCUCUGGGCGCAGAAGAUGGAGACGUAAAGACCUCUGUCCAAAAAUGGCUUAGCUCUGAGAACAUUGGACCGUGGCUUAUCGUUGUGGAUAACGCUGAUGAUGCAAGCAUACUGUUCGACAGUCCAAAGCAUCAAGAAGGGUUGCUGAAGUAUUUACCACGGAAGAGAACCGGCUUGACCCUCUUCACUACGCGCUCUCGGGAAGUGGCGUUGUCUAUGGCAAAUCAAGCUUGGCUAGAGCUUCAUUCUAUGAGUGAAGAAGAGGCCACAAAUCUUCUCAGAAAAGCGCUCCACCGCAAAGAUCUUCUCUCGGAUCAGGGGUUAGUAAAUAAGCUUUUGCAAUCUCUUACUUAUCUUCCUUUAGCAGUAACACAGGCCGCUGCAUACUUGAAUAGAAACAGCCAUGUAUCUGUCAAGAAGUACCUCGAACUAUUACAAGGAACUGAGCAACACCUUGUCAGCAUCAUGAGUCUGGAGUUCCGUGACAGUACCAGGUAUGCUAGCCUGGAGAACGCCAUAGCAAGAACCUGGAUGGUGUCUUUCGAUCAGAUUCAGAGCACUGAUGCUGCUGCGGGUCGUUUGCUAUGUUUCAUCUCGCGGAUUGAGCCAAAACUCAUACCACAAUCAAUCCUCCCGUGCCCAGAUGCCAAUAUUGAUAUCAACCACGCCAUUGGAACGCUCUGCUCUUAUGCAUUUCUCGCACAUGGAACUGAUGCCGAAAUGUUCGACAUGCAUAGCCUGGUGCAUCUGGCAACUCGAGUUUGGGUUCGACAGAAGUCUCUCGAAACACAGUCCAAAAAGGAAGCUAUACAGCAUAUUGAUGAAGUCUUUCCAUUCAAUGACCACGAAAAUCGGGUUAUCUGGAGGCAGUAUCUGCCGCACGCUAUCAAAGUUUUAAAUGAAAGCGGAGAAACUGAUGGCGACGCCAAAUCCAGUCUGUCUGUCCUGGUCGGGAGGUGCUUAGGAACAGAUGGGCGAGUAAAGGAAGCUGUCGCCUAUUUUGAGCAGUCUUUCCAGCAAAGGAUAGAUCUGCCGAUUCAAGAUAGUGCUCGACUUGCAUCGCAACACGAACUCGCAUGUGCAUAUCAAGCCGACGGGCGAGUCAAAGAUGCCAUCAAGCUACUCGAGCACGUGGUCGAGGUUGAAAAGACGACGCUUGACAAAGGACAUCCUGAUCGACUUACGUCACAACACGAACUCGCACGUGCAUAUCAAGCCGACUGGCGAGUUAAAGAUGCUAUCAAGCUACUCGAGCACGUGGUCGAGGUUCGCAAGACGACGCUUAAUGAAGAACAUCGUUAUCGACUUGCGUCACAACACGAACUCGCAUGUACAUAUCAAGCCGACGGGCGAGUCAAAGAUGCCAUCAAGCUACUCGAGCACGUGGUCGAGGUUGAAAAGACGACGCUUGACAAAGGACAUCCUGAUCGACUUACGUCACAACACGAACUCGCACGUGCAUAUCAAGCCGACUGGCGAGUUAAAGAUGCUAUCAAGCUACUCGAGCACGUGGUCGAGGUUCGCAAGACGACGCUUAAUGAAGAACAUCGUUAUCGACUUGCGUCACAACACGAACUCGCAUGUACAUAUCAAGCCGACGGGCGAGUCAAAGAUGCCAUCAAGCUACUCGAGCACGUGGUCGAGGUUGAAAAGACGACGCUUGACAAAGGACAUCCUGAUCGACUUACGUCACAACACGAACUCGCACGUGCAUAUCAAGCCGACGGGCGAGUUAAAGAUGCUAUCAAGCUACUCGAGCACGUGGUCGAGGUUCGCAAGACGACGCUUGACAAAGGACAUCCUGACCGACUUACGUCACAACACGCACUCGCAAUGGCAUAUCAAGCCGACGGGCGAGUCAAAGAUGCCAUCAAGCUACUCGAGCACGUGGUCGAGGUUCGCAAGACGACGCUUGACAAAGGACAUCCUGAUCGACUUACGUCACAACACGCACUCGCAAUAGUAUAUCAAGCCGACGGGCGAGUUAAAGAUGCCAUCACGCUACUCGAGCACCUGGUCGAAGUUGAAAAGACGAUUCUUAAUGAAGAACAUCGUUAUCGACUUGCGUCACAAUACGAGCUCGCAUGUGCAUAUCAAGCCGACUGGCGAGUUAAAGAUGCUAUCAAGCUACUCGAGCACGUGGUCGAGGUUGAAAAGACGACGCUUGACAAAGGACAUCCUGACCGACUUACGUCACAACACGCACUGGCAAUGGCAUAUCAAGCUGACGGGCGAGUCAAAUAUGCCAUCAAGCUACUCGAGCACGUGGUCGAGGUUCAAGAGACGACGCUUGACAAAGGACAUCCUGAUCGACUUGCGUCACAACACGCACUCGCAGGUGCAUAUAAAGCAAACAUGACAGAAAGUGAGAAAUGA